GAACAGCACCACCAUGAACAUCCGUUGCGCCAAACCGGAGGACCUAAUGACCAUGCAGCACUGCAAUUUGCUGUGCCUGCCCGAGAACUACCAGAUGAAGUACUACUUCUACCAUGGACUCACCUGGCCGCAGCUCAGUUACGUGGCCGAGGACGACAAGGGCGGCAUUGUGGGCUAUGUCCUGGCCAAAAUGGAGGAGCCGGAGCCCAAUGAGGAGAGUCGCCAUGGGCACAUCACCUCGCUGGCCGUCAAGCGUUCCUAUCGCCGGCUGGGUCUCGCCCAGAAGCUCAUGAACCAGGCCUCGCAGGCCAUGGUCGAGUGCUUCAACGCCCAGUACGUUUCGCUGCACGUGAGGAAGAGCAAUCGGGCCGCUCUGAACCUCUACACCAAUGCCCUCAAGUUCAAGAUAAUCGAGGUGGAGCCCAAGUACUAUGCCGAUGGCGAGGAUGCCUAUGCCAUGCGGCGCGACCUCAGCGAGUUCGCCGACGAGGAUCAGGCCAAGGCCGCGAAGCAGGCGGGCGAGGAGGAGGACAACAACAAGGUGGCCCACAGAUCGAGCGGACAUGGUCAUUCGCACAACCACAGCGGUCACGACGGCCACUGUUGCUAAAACACUUACAAGCUACUGGCGCAUGCGGGUUUCGACGUUUUUUGCAUUUUUGUGCAUUAGGGUUUUGUAAUUAAUUAACAUAUAAAACGUAACUACAAUUAAAACAGAAGUAAUGACAAAGAA